AUGAUGGGCAUCUUAAGUCCUGCACUUGAAUCCACACGCUCAUUUAUCGAUGGCCGCAGCGGAUCUGCAGUGCUUUCGAUCGCUAAAGGACCAACUUCAGAAGAACCAAUUUCUCUCUGUCGCUGUAAAUUAAAUGGAGCUGGAUGUUCGCCAUCAUUUCAUAAGAUUGGUCAAGCGAGAACCGCGGCCUACAUCUACGUCGAAGCAACCGAUAUAAAGUUGCUUCCGAACGGCAGUCGAUUAGGCUACUGGCUUCUGCAUUCCGUAGACUUCCUACAAGCUCAUGUCUUGAAAGAGCGUGUUCGCGCGAAGCUAUCUGUUUGCUUUUUUUUCGUCAAGACCGUCUCGUUCUACAUGAUGGGGAUGAUGGAACCUAUGACCGAAGGCGUUCGUCGGCUGAUAGCUCCUGAUUUCGUUAACAGGCUACUAUCCUCACUCAAUACGCACAUUUACGGAGAAAUGAAGAAAUUGAGACAAGCUCUUGGAGAACGAUACGCGGAGCUGAAAAUGAUCAAGUCUCGGGAUCCUGAUUACAAUUGCACAGCUUAUAUAUGUGUGCAUUCGUGCAAAUUUGAGAAGGAAAUGAGAUUCGUGACAGACCUCAAGAUACUUCAGCGAAAGGUUACGUUUUGUUUCAAGUGCGUGAAUGACACGACGAUCUAUUGGAUCAUCAGUAUCAUCAUCUGGAUCCGGCACAAUGCCGAAAGAUGA